AUGUCGCAGCGGAUGGACGUGGAGACUGCGCGCGCGUGCUUCGCGAGCGAUCUGGCCAUCGCCACCGCGGCGGCCGGACGCGGUCCGGCAGGGCCUGCCCUGCCGCCCGCCCCGCCAUCAGUCGGCGCAACUACGACGAACCAACCCGCGGAACAGGGAAGAAAUAGUACCUCAACGGCAGAGCCGAUCCUGGACGACGAUUUGGACUCGAGCGCCGCCACAGAGGAGAAGGACCGAGAAGAAAGGAGACAAUCCGCGCUGUACCGACGAAGCAGACGAGACAGAUCUUCUAAACGUCACGCAUCGCUCCGCGACGCAACAGAAGAGGGAUUCAAGCUGCCACCACCUAGAAAGCAGGGGGAGGUGGCGUCACUGGAAGCAGCUGCCCGUUCACUUGAAGAGCAACAGAGUCAGAGGGACGCGCAACAGCGUGCUGUUGAUGCUGCACACCAGCAAGAGGAAGGCACAUCACCAUCACCGGGCCAGACGGUCGCCCCAGCUACGACUAGACGAAUACCGCUGAUAGUACUCCUGUAA